UAUGAGCCGAUCGACGAGGAAGAGAAGGCCAGAGGCUCGACACGUCGUGUUCACGAUAAUGGCUCAGACAAACAGAUCUGAACUGAGCUUUCUACUCCUUAUACUCCUGACCACGCCCAGUUUGGUGUCCUGCGAAGGUCUCACAAACACGACAACCCCCGACUCUCCGAAGCAAUCUGAGGUACCGCAGAACUCAACGACACCGCAAAAAGGGAACGGGACUGAAGCGAAAGCUCCUGCGGCCCCCACACCACAGGAGAACGGAACCCUGGGAGACCUUCAUCCCAAAAAUGAAACGGUCCCAACAAAGAACCGCACUGAAGUGUCGCCCGCAGGUCCCGGGGGUACGUCAAGUACCGAAAGUCUUACACGGUCUACGCCUCCUGCGAUAAGAAGUACGAUCGGUUUCGAGUCGACCAGCCUUGCUGGAACGUUUCCCGUCUCGGUAAAUCCUGAGAACCAGACCGAGCCAGUCGUCCGUCCCACAGCGCCCCCGACCCCGAAAACCGCUCCGACCAGGACCCCAAAAACCACCGCGCCCCCGACCCCAAAAACCACUCCGACCAGGACGACCAAGAAGGCGACCCAGCCUCCACCCUGCCCCACGUCCGAACCCAGACAGGAGGGCCUCGUGGGAGGCUGCCUGAUCGCCAUCGCCGUCCUGGCGACCGCCGCGACCGUCUUCAUCGUGGCCACCGUCGUCCUGGCGACCAAGCUGGCGGGCGCCAGGUACCGGAUCAAGGCGGGUCUCCUGGACGACACGGAGAUGGUCUGCAUAUCGGCGCUGGUGAACGACUCCGAUCACCCCAUGGCCCAGCCCAGGCACCCGAAGAGCAACGGCGCUCUGAUCCCCGUCCCCGACGACGACGACGGCGACGACCUCACCCUCAACAGCUUCCUGCCCGAUAACGAAUCCGCGUCGUAGAGCCGUCGGAGGACCUUCUAUCAGGGAUUAAAGAGGAACCAUCUUCCCCAGAGAGAACUUUAUU